GGAACCAGAGUUCCGCCCAAGAGGUCGCGCAAGGACUUCUGAAGGAGUUCCGCGCGCGCCUGCUCCAGCGUAUCUGCGCGCGCACGUGCGUUUGUAAAUGUGUGCGCGUGCGCUCCAUUGAAUGAAACGCAACCAACCCCUGUUCUGUUCGGAAACAGCUUUGAUUAUAUUUAAAAGCUUGACCCGGGAAAGAAACCCAAACAACUGUCUGUUCUAAUAUUAGGCGCGCGGCUGCCGACUACUAUCAAAUCUAUUAUUGUCUGAGCGCGCGGAUAUGUUCCCAUCAAAAGAUUUACACUUUGGGUGGAAAAAUAUCAGUUACCAAUCAUCUUAUUUGGAGGAAUGGUGAGAUGGAGUUGCCCUUUUAAAGACAAACAAUUAGAAUAAUAAUAAUUGCAACAAAAAAUGGAGGUUUGGGAGUGAAAAUCUUCUACUUUUUCCACAUAUUCCUGUAGGAUUUAUAGCAAAUAUCUCCUCAUAUCGUAGAGAAGGGAAAGUUCCUUGUAACGAUGUCACCUGACUGGGAUUGAAAGAACUUGGGUAAGAAAAAAAAAAAAAACAUCUCCCCACCCCCACAGAAAAGGGGACCGCCCACCACAGACAGUCAACCCGAGACCCCUUAUAGAUUUAAAAAGAGAGGCUGCAUUCUCAGACUGACACUUAUUCAACACUGCCACCUUAAGCAGAUUACUUUUGCGCUGCUUGUGUCAAAUACGUGGCUCACUUUGCCUCUCCAUCAUGCUUGGGAUGCUCAAUCACCACCUUCACCCGGGCAUUUUUCUCUUCUUCAUGUGGCUUUGUCACCUCAUGGAACAUCAGAAGGUUCAAGCCGGGAACUGCUGGCUGCAGCAGGGGAGGAACGGGAGAUGUCAGGUCCUCUACAUGCCUGGGAUGAGCAAGGAGGAGUGCUGUCGGGGUGGAAGGCUGGGGACGUCCUGGACCGAGGAGGACGUCCCCAACAGCACGCUCUUUAAGUGGAUAAUCUUCAAUGGCGGAGCUCCAAAUUGCAUACCUUGCAAAGGUGGAGAAAGCUGUGAUAAUGUUGACUGCGGACCCGGAAAGAGGUGCAAGAUGAACAGAAGGAGUAAACCGCGCUGCGUGUGCGCUCCAGACUGCUCCAACAUCACCUGGAAGGGACCGGUCUGCGGCUUAGACGGGAAGACCUACAAGGACGAGUGCGCUCUGCUGAAGGCGAAAUGCAGAGGCCAACCCGACCUGGACGUGCAGUACCAGGGCAAAUGCAAGAAAACGUGCCGGGAUGUCUUGUGCCCUGGCAGCUCCACAUGCGUCGUGGACCAGACAAACAACGCAUACUGUGUGACGUGUAAUCGGAUUUGCCCCGAUGCGACGUCACCUGAGCAGUACCUGUGUGGAAACGACGGGAUCAUCUAUGCCAGCGCCUGUCACCUGAGAAAGGCGACCUGUCUCCUCGGCAAGUCUAUCGGAGUGGCGUACGAGGGAAAAUGCAUCAAAGCAAAGUCAUGUGAGGACAUCCAGUGCAGCGGAGAGAAGAAGUGUCUGUGGGAUUCUAGGAUGGGCCGGGGCCGCUGCUCGCUCUGUAAUGAGUCCUGUCAGGAGAGUAGGACAGAUGAGUCGGUGUGUGCCAGCGACAACACCACAUACCCCAGCGAAUGUGCCAUGAAGCAAGCUGCUUGUUCUAAGAGGGUGUUGCUGGAAGUCAAGCACUCAGGACCUUGCAACUGUAAGUAAAUAAAAUGUGAUAAAAGAAGCAAAAAAACCACCCAGCAUCCCUGAGUCUGAGCAAGAGACAAUAUUCAUUGUUGCUUUUUCCAACAAAACAUCCCCUGACCCCCGACUUUGCCCAAGCUCCUCCCCCCCCAGCAGCUGUGUGCAUCACCAGGCACAACUUAAGCAAAACUGAAAGGACUUGGGAAUGGAAGAACUUGCAUGACAUUGUCUUUGUUGUUGGCUUCUGCUCUUGUGUUUUCUUUUUUUCAUUUUAUUUCACCUAAAACAAACUGGAAAACAAGGUAAAAAGAAAAAAGACUCAAUUUUUCUGGAUAAACUAACAUCCUCCAUUUGCAGUGGAAAAAUCGUAAAAUCGUCCUCAGUUUGAUGGAAAGUUUCUUUGAACAUGUUUUCUGGCAACAUUUUUUUUCUGCAAACAAUCAACUGAUUAUGCACAAGAGUGGAAGACAGUGUAAACAUCCACCCAUUGUUAGCAUAAGAUGCCAUGUUGAAAACAGUGCUAAUGGAUUCUAACAGUCGGCGAGUCUGUAGAUCGUAGAACCAUCAAAAUAGUCGGAAAACAUCAACUGUACAUUCCAGGUUCUUUCUCCUGACUGACUUAAGUAUCAGCCUCUAUAUCAGCAAACAUCGUGAUCAUUUAUGGUGUACAGGAUGAGCAAUAGAAUCACACUAUAGAUGAGAACUGGAUCGUGUUUCCAGUGAUUGUGUUGUAAAGAAGAACAAAUGUCCGAAAACACAAAUCUGUCUGGACGACAGAGGGACCGCCUGUUUAUUAUUUUUUUUUUCUUUGUAACUUGUAAUGUCACUCCUUUGCUUGCUUGUGUGCUUAUAUUCAAUGUGUAAAUCUCUGUACAAAAAGAAGAGAAAAUACCUCAUAAGUGUGUCAGUCAUGCAGAUUGCGACAUGUGACAGUCCUCCCUUCCUGAGCAUCUGAGCCACAAGUUCAAAUCCUAAUCAGAGAAAAGCAACCAGAAAAUCCCAAAACACAAAAGCACCUUUUUUGUGUGUCGUCUUUCAGGAAUCUGCCCAAAAGAGACCCGAGCCACUGGAACAUCUGCCUCACUUUACCUUUCCCCAAAAACGACCUGUAAUGUUGUUUUCAUGCUACAGCACUGACUUGCUAUAUCAAGUAAAUGGACAUGUAAUUGGAAAUGCCACACUUACUGAUGUUGCCAACUCUUCCUCACUGAUCCAAACACUAACACAGAAGGAGGUUGUGUAUGAGUUGCUUUGCUGUGAGAAAUGUUUGACGUUUGGUAAUAAUCUGAGCUGUUGUGGUCCAUAUUCAUACAACAGCUACCAUGUAUUCUCCCAUAUAGCCAUUACAGAAGACCAGGAGGAGGAUGAAGAAGGUGAGGACUACAUGGCCUAUGUCCAUUUGUCUUCUGUACUGGAUGGAUAGGCUCCCUUCAUUAUAGGGAACAAUGAAUCAUGUCCAUACUGUAAAUUAUGUGUAUGCUUAUUUAUUUUUUUUUAAGGAAAAGGAAGUAUACAUAUAGUUCAGUUUGUUAGAUGUUUAUUUAUACAGUACUUUUUGGUGUUUUAUAAUUUAUACAUUAACAUUGUAAGGCUAUAUCAUCUACCAUGAUAUAUUGUGUCACCAUUCAUCUUCCUCUUUCUCGUUUUUUUUUCCUUCUGUUUUAUUCAUGAAGAUUUAUAUUUGUCCAAAGAAAAAAAGACAGUGUUAUUUAUUUGUCAUUUUAUCAUGUUAGUAUAUUUACUCUUCAGGCUGUAAAUCGCAUUCCCUGAGCUGUGAAAAUGUGCUUAUUUCUGUCAAAUCUCUGUCACAGAUGUUCAUGUCACACACAUCUAUAAUGCAUGUUUAGGCUGGUUGUUCGUUAAUUUAUUGGGUAUAUAUAUAUAUCUAUAUAUAUAUACAUAAUGUCGUUCUGGUUUGUUUACAGCUAUUAUAACUGACCAAAGGGAUUCUCUCAAUGGUUUUUGCAAGUAACUAUCAUAGAAUGUGUGACACAGCACCAGUGGUGAAGUGGAAGAGAAGGAGAGAGCUACUUAUUUUUCUUUUCUUCCUCUGACUUAUUUCCCCCUCCCAUCUCUGGUUUUAAGUCGACUUGCGUCUUCUCGACGAAGAAACGACUUAAAUCCAUUGCUGAAAGUGAGGCAACUUUGUAACAUUGCUUGCUAGUUUCAGAAACAAUGUGCCAUCAACAUUUGUGAGCUAUUUUCUUGCCAAUGUGCUCCAUAUUGCUCUCACAGAGCUGUAAUAAAAGACACGUACUGCAGUACUCACUCUUCUUCAGCAGGUUCCUUUUUUUUUUUAAAUGCUUUUUUUUUUCAAGCAUCACAGGAGAAAUACAAAAUUCUGUUAUGAAUAUAUAGUUUUGUAUUUUUAUGUAAAUGUCAUAUGUACAUAAAAGUUUGAUGGUAUUUGUACAGAUAUGAAGAGAGAAACAAUAAACGUUGUUUCUGAAUACUUUU